AUGGACAUAGAUAAUAACUUGCUCAACGCCUUUAAUUUGACAACGUCUUCGAACAAUCUUAAAUUGGGUCGUUCAACGGCGUCCGUUCUUGAAAGUCAUUUCAUAGAAGACCAAAUAGACUUUGCAGAUGUAAUACUAGCUGCUGCCAGUAAAUUUGAGUGUCCCAUUACUAUCGAUGUCUGCAGACAAUCUUUACCUAGUUUAGAAGAACAUACAAUGAAAAAACACACACAUCGUAGACCGGAGAGAAACUUUAAAAUAGGUACAAUAUUCACGCCAAUGGUCGCAGCCAUUGGCGUCAAUAUUGUGCAUUCAGAAUCAGAAAAUUUUAACCCAUCUUCAAAAACAGAGGAAAGACAUGUUUUAAAAAUGACUGCAGUGCAUAAUUUUAGAAACCGUUUAAUCGAAUUGACGAUGGAAAAAUAUAGAUGUACGCAGAUACCAAGAGUGUUAAUGCAAUUACUUCAUGUAAUUCUUCCAAGCUACACGAAGCUUACCAAAUUCACGAUAAAGGACUGCUUCAUUGACAAAUACACUAUUCCUGAACUGGAAAAUAUACUUUCUGUAACAAAUAUUACAGAUGUUUGUUUGGAUUCCUCAUUUUUACCAGAAGGAAAUUACGAUAUUCUUUUAAAUCAAGCAACUUCACUACAAAACCUGUCUCUAAAGAGAUGCAAUAUAAACGAUAUAGUUUGCAAACAAAUAGUAUCCAAAUUACAUUUUCAACAGCCGGCAGCAAAUAGACUGUUAACUUUAAAUCUAUCUUCAAACAGAAUAACAGAUGAGGGUGCAAAUUCCAUAGGAGAGGCACUCAUGAGUAAUAGACAUUUGCGGUAUUUGAAUUUAGCUGACAAUUUAAUUACCGACGAAGGUGUCAAAUUCAUAUUUGAUGCAUUAAAAGAAUUCCCUUUAUCUAACAAUGAAUCUUUUGAUACAAAAGUACAGUAUAUGAAGUAUUUAAGAUACUCUCAAGUAAUUUCUAACAAACGUUCAAUGGAUGUUGAAAACAAUUCUAUGUCAAAAACUAGGGAGUCAUCGAGACAAAAAUCAUUGUCAAAAUCAUUAAGAUCACAAAUGAAAACUGUUAAAAGUAAAAGUAGUUCAAAGAUGGACAAGCGAUCGUGUUCAAUUGAAGAAGUGGGUGAAGUCUUGAAAUCAGAUAAUACGAAUUCAGACCUAAUUGUUUCCUUUAAACAUCCUUUCAAAAAGUCUCUGCUUAGUAUAAAAGAUGGCCAUUCUUACAGUAGGGGAAAUUUGGUCCUAAGUUAUUUGAAUCUAGCAUACAAUAAUUUAAUGUCUCCAAGUAUUCAAAAGUUGCUUGAAGUAUUAGAGUAUCAGAAACUACAUAGAUAUGAUAAUUUCUUUGGUUUAAUAAAAGUAGUAUUGGACGGAAAUAAUCUCCCCGUAAAUUGUGCAGAGUUGGAUAAUGUUGAUGUUUUACUUAAGGAGUUUCUUGGUAAGACUACGCGAACUAAAACCGCUAUAGGUUUAAAACCCGUCAAUAACAAAGACAAUAAUAAAAGGAUUCAAAAUUCUAGUUAA